AAUCCCCCACCCCGCAGUCCAGCACACAAGACCCACCUGCAAAAUCCCCUCCCCCCUCCAAUCUCCCGAAGCAGCGAUGGCCCCCAAGGCGGAGAAGAAGCCGGCGGCGAAGAAGCCCGCGGAGGAGGAGCCGACCACGGAGAAGGCCGAGAAGGCCCCGGCGGCGAAGAAGCCCAAGGCCGAGAAGCGGCUGCCGGCGGGCAAGACCGCCUCCAAGGAGGGCGGCGAGAAGAAGGGCCGGAAGAAGGGCAAGAAGAGCGUGGAGACGUACAAGAUCUACAUCUUCAAGGUUCUCAAGCAGGUCCACCCCGACAUCGGCAUCUCCUCCAAGGCCAUGUCCAUCAUGAACUCCUUCAUCAACGACAUCUUCGAGAAGCUCGCCGGCGAGGCCGCCAAGCUCGCCCGCUACAACAAGAAGCCCACCAUCACCUCCCGGGAGAUCCAGACCUCCGUCCGCCUCGUCCUCCCCGGGGAGCUCGCCAAGCACGCCGUCUCCGAGGGCACCAAGGCCGUCACCAAGUUCACCUCCUCUUAGAUCGCUAGUGUCUGGCAGUGCUCGUAGUUACCUUGGUGUUUCACUCGUUUGUCUGAAUUAGUGAUGGAUGAAAUUUGUUGGAUGUAUUUAUGCAGUGAUGCUCUUGGGAAGCUCUAAUCUGGAAUAGAAAUAUGCAGCUCCUGAUA